GUCUGGUCCGCGGUGACGGGGGCGGCGGCCGCGUUGAUCUGGCGGGAGCGGCUCUGGAGACUACGCCGCAGCUGCAGAUAGAGACAAGAGAGGAGAGACACUGUAGCACCCCUCCACUGCCCAUGAAGUUUCCCGCAAGCAGGUGCUCCCCUGUGGUGGUCAGCUACAUGAAUGGGGUCCUUGUGCAUGGUAAUGUGUGCUUUCUACCAGGUUGACCCAGAGAGAAGACAAAGCAGUGUGUUCCUUAAAAUCCAGAAGUGGAGAGGAGGUGCCAUGGCUGCUGUUGACAGCUUCUACCUCUUGUAUAGGGAAAUCGCUAGGUCUUGCAAUUGCUAUAUGGAAGCUCUAGCCUUGGUUGGAGCCUGGUAUACAGCUAGAAAAAGCAUCACCGUCAUCUGUGACUUCUACAGCCUUGUCAGACUACAUUUUAUCCCUCGCCUAGUCAGCAGGGCAGAUCUGAUCAAGCAGUAUGGGAGAUGGGCAGUCGUGAGUGGUUCAACAGAUGGGAUUGGAAGAGCCUACGCAGAAGAGCUAGCAAGCCGUGGCCUCAACAUUAUCCUGAUUAGUCGGAACAAAGAGAAGUUGCAGAUGGUUGCUCAAGACAUAGCUGACACCUACAAAGUGGAAACUGAUAUUAUAGUUGCAGACUUUAGCACUGGCCGUGAGAUCUACCACCCAAUUCGAGAAGCCUUGAAAGACAAAGACAUUGGCAUCUUGGUAAAUAAUGUGGGUGUGUUUUACCCCUACCCUCAAUAUUUUACUCAGGUCUCUGAGGACAAACUCUGGGAUAUCAUCAAUGUAAACAUUGCUGCAGCUAGUUUGAUGGUCCACAUAGUGUUGCCAGGAAUGGUGGAGAGAAAGAAAGGUGCAGUUGUCACCAUCUCUUCUGGCUUCUGCUGCAAACCCACUCCUCAGCUGGCUGCAUUCUCUGCUUCUAAGGCAUAUUUAGACCACUUCAGCAGAGCACUGCAAUAUGAAUAUGCUUCUAAAGGAAUCUUUGUGCAGAGCCUGAUCCCAUUCUAUGUGGCUACCAACAUGACCACAUCCAGAAGCUUUUUGCACAGGUGCCAGUGGCUGGCGCCUUCACCAAAAGUAUAUGCUCAUCAUGCUGUUUCUACCCUUGGCAUUUCAAAAAGGACCACUGGUUACUGGUCCCAUUCUAUUCAGUUCCUUUUUGCACAGUAUAUGCCCGAGUGGCUCUGGAUAUGGGGAGCCAACAUUCUGAAUCGUUAUUUACGUAAGGAGGCCUUGUCUAGAACAGCCUAAAACUGGAUGGUGAUUUGGGAAGUUUUGCCAGCUCACAGGAACCUGCAGUAUUCUGACAUUUGGAAGCCCACAGUUAGUUUAUCUUGUGUGUUUUCUUUGAUAACUGAUUAUUUGGUACACUGUUAACUCAUCAUUUGCAAAGCAAGCUAUUUUUGGAGAAUGAUGUAGAGAAACUUCAAGGGCCACGUAGAUGGUACAGAGUAAACAGUGACAAAGGCAUAAGAAGUGGUGACAGAAACCUACAUUCUGAUACUUUUUGUCCUAUGCUGUUCAAAAGCUGUGUAAUUUAUAUUGAUCUAGGAACUACAGCAAUGUGAUACUGAAAUAUAUGUGCUUUAUCAGCUCUUGUUAUUUCAGCUGUUGUUGUUAAUGGGAAAUUGCCCACAUCAGUAGAUGAACUAUAUAGUUUUUGUUUUCAGAUGUUCACCAGGAAAAAGAAUAAAUGUUAUUUUAUAAGUAAUAUUGUUGGUAUUAGCCAUAAAAGUCUGUGUGCAUUAUAUUGUAUGGCUCUAGUUCAUAUGAAAAUGCUGCUCUUCAACUGAUAUUUCAUUAGAAAACUGUAUAUAAGUAUGUGUGUUGUGUGCAUCUGGUCAACUUUAUGGGUAAAUUUUAAAAAAGAUUUCUUGUCAAGAUGGCUUAAUGUGGAACCUUAUGGAAUAUCAAAAUGGUAGAUUAUUUCUUUUUUGCACUAAAGAAACCUAGUCAGUCUUGUGCUAUAGGUUGCCAUAUAUGGUAUUACUACAUUACGAUUUUUUUAAUCUGUUGUGGAAUUCAUUUGUUCCUAGGUUUGAAUAUGUCAUCUCUUAUAAUUAUUGUGAAUAAGUAGUGAUUUCUCAGUCUGUGACCUCUUUUAUAACUGAAAUCUAGCCCUUUAAAGUGUGUGAUACCUGGUUUCAUAUAUUUUUUCUACGUAAUAUUUCAUUCCAGUAGCAUUAUUGUUGUAAACAUUGAGUAUGGAAUAGUAGUUAAUAUAUGAACAAAUUACAUGUGUGGGAUGAUGUAUCUGUUGAAAUAAGUUAGAAGCUCAUUCUUGGUUUGUGUAACUAAUUGUGCAUUCUAGUGAAUAUUUUUAUUGGUAUGAAGAUAAUUAUGCACACAUACCCCCAAUCUGGGUUAGUAUUCAAAUCCAGUAUGAGAUGGUUUUUGUUCAGUUCCUAUAAAGCCAAAUAGUUUUGAGGACCACAUUGCUAAUGCUUUGAGAAUUGUAAAUCACUGUAGGAAUAUGACAGUAUAUGCAAAUUAAAAAUUCAUAAUUAGGUUUGUGACACUGAUACAGAACUACUAAAUUGAUUGAAAGCUGGACUUCCAUGAAAUUUCUCCUGAGAUGAUAAAACAUUGUGAGUAGGCUCAAGGCUUUCAUGUUAUGACACAGUUGUGUCAGUAUCUUUGCCUUAGUGUUUCCAGGAUCAUAUGUUACAUCCAGAAGCUUGACUUUCAUCAUGUAAGACCUUUAGAUGUGAAAAAUAUCCACUGGUAACACUGCAGCACUGAAGAAUUUCAUCAAAAAUGGAAUUAGCGUGGAUAUUUUUAAUUUGGCAUUUCCCACCAUUCAAUAAUUCAUAGUCAUUGAGACUAGAAAAUAUUUGAUUUCAUGUCACAUUGACCUGAACUUCUGUUAAUGUGUAAUAGAAGUAGAAACGAUGUAAAAAUGCCAUCUCAUAAUUAAAUCUAAAGUGUAUUGUGAGACA